AUGGCGGUAGAGAGUGACAAAACUGGGUCUGAUGGUAAAGUUUGGAGCUUUUGUAGUAUGCCAUUUUGGCAAACAACUCAUCCUUCUUCAUCUUCUACUUCAACUUCUUCUCUGCAUAAUAGUGUUCACCAUCAGAGCCAGAUUCUUCAGUCUCUUGAUAGAUCCAGUCAUCCACCUUCCACCACUGUUUCUUCUGUGGCUAAGUCUUUGCUCCCCACAAGGAGAAGGCUCCGUCUUGAUCCUCCCAACAAGCUCUACUUUCCUUAUGAACCUGGUAAGCAAGUUAGGAGCGCCAUCGCAAUUAAAAACACUUGCAAGUCUCAUGUAGCUUUCAAGUUUCAAACAACUGCUCCCAAGAGCUGUUAUAUGCGUCCUCCUGGUGGUAUUCUUGCACCUGGUGAAAGUAUAAUAGCAACAGUGUUUAAGUUUGUCGAGCCACCAGAGAACAAUGAGAAACCAAUUGAUCAGAAAAGUAGGGUGAAGUUUAAAAUCAUGAGCUUAAAAGUGAAAGGCGAAAUGGACUAUGUACCAGAACUGUUUGAUGAGCAAAGGGAUCAUGUUGCAGUGGAGCAAAUUUUGCGUGUCAUUUUUCUUGACCCUGAACACCCUAGCCCUGCUUUUGAUAAGCUUAAACGGCAGCUAGCUGAGGCAGAGGCUGCAUUAGAAGCAAGAAAGAAGCCCCCAGAGGAGACAGGUCCUAGAGUAGCUGGGGAAGGACUUGUUAUAGAUGAAUGGAAAGAAAGAAGAGAAAGAUACCUAGCCAGACAGCAGGUUGAAGUGCUGCGGAUGGAUUCACAACCACCAGGAACCGCCGAAGGUUAUUCUCCGUCGGAGACUCCUCAGAGUCGAGAGCCAUCAAGAAGAGUGAUGUGGCAGAUCGACGAGGCGAAACCGAAGAGUCUCUCCGAAAGGUUAUGUAUUUCAGUUGCUGGAGCCAGGGCUAGCAUCCUCUGUUUCGCAUCCCACUGA